AUGUUGUUUCGUUGUUUUUUUCUCACCGCCACUCUCUUUUUGAUCUCAAAGCUUCCCUUUUCCUCAUCGGAUCUCCGUGCCGAGCUUUUUCCACAAUGUAAAGACUUUGGCACAAAAAUCGAUAAGAGCCUCUGCCGACAGCAUUAUUUCGUUUUCGUCUUCGUUUUGCUUCGAAGUGCCAAUAUUUCCGGGCACAAAGAGGAUCCGCAAACACAUUUGGAAAUCACGAAGAACAUUCUCAGACCGUGCCUUGACUUCGAAAGUACAACAACCGGAACGAAAAGUGUUGUCAUGUUCGCCGAUCAUGAUUGGAAAAUCGAUCAAACCGAGACACACGGGGUGGAUGAAGUGAUGAAAAUGGCGAACUUGACCUACCUAUACGACUAUAUUGUCAUCGAUAAAGACGUCAACAGUGUCGACGAUUUGGAUCAGCUAAUCAUGGGGGCCACAGAUAAAAUGGUCGCCAAUCCAUCCGAUGUCCAAUAUGCGGUCAUUUUCUUGCUCAACUCGCCUGAUUAUUUUGUGAUGGAUCUCUUCGGCGCCUCGGUGAAAGAUUUUGGUUUCAAGACGAUCAAGAGCUUCAAGUAUGCGAAAGUGAUAUCGCGACUCAUUUUCACUUAUCGCCACAAUUUUCAACUCUCCACAACGAUCUAUCUCGAUUAUCUCAAAGACGUUUCUGAAGGGUAUUUCGACUAUGUUGUCGACGAGAUGACCGACGAGAAAUCGAUUGCGGAAAAUUAUGGAAUGUGCACCGGAUACCGUAAGCCAAAAGAGAAAAGUAGUACACUCAACGUUUGGGUGCCCUUGGUGGCGGUUGGUGGCACACUUCUACUCGCCACUAUCAUCUGCAUUGCUCUCGCGUGGUUUGGAGUUCUGAACGCGCCGGCUCGUCGCCUUCACGAUUUCCUCGAGACGAAACUCGACGUCACUGUUAAUUGGCUUGAUGUGGAAGACGGAGAGAAUAUGUUUGGAUCAGGUGGAAGAAUCAAGAGGGUAAACGAUGAAUGGGAAGUCGAUCAAUUGACCCUUCACGUGAGCAAUCAAAAACUUGGCAGUGGUGCCUAUGCUUCGGUCUACAGUGCCACGCUCAGCGGUCUUCCUCCAGUCGUCAAAGCGUUUCCGAAUCUACAACAAGCUGGACCAUUGUUUAUGGGUGGAGAUAACACGAUUGCUGUCAAGAGUCCACAUGUGCAUAUCUCACCACAAGAGAGACGAGAGUUUUUCCGUGAGAUUGCUUUCAUGAAGAACCUUGACUAUCAUCCGCAUCUUCUUUGCAUGUUGGGUUGCUCAACCGAUCCAAAAACGCCAAUGAUUCUUCUUGAGCUCUGUGAACUCGGUGAUUUACAUUCAAUUGUGAAAAAAAUGGCCAAAAUCGAGAAAAGAGACGGGAAAAUGGACGAUGUUGAAAUAGAGAAAGCGAAAAAUGCGCUGAAAGUGGACGAUUUUGUGUCAGUUGCGUGGCAAGUCGCUGAUGCGUUGUGCUACCUUGUUGACAAACAAAUCAUUCAUCGAGAUAUUGCCGCCCGAAAUGUGCUCCUUAAUUUGAAUAAAGUUGCCAAGCUAUCCGAUUUCGGUCUUUGUCGUCAAUCGGACGAAAUGUGGUACUCGUCGAGAGGAGGGAAACUCCCGCUACGUUGGAUGGCGCCCGAGUCGAUUGAAAUGGCCGCCUUCUCAGCGCCUACCGAUAUUUGGUCAUUCGGCGUGCUUCUCUGGGAGGCUUACUCUUUCGGAACAGUUCCCUUCCCAACUGUGGCCACUGAAGACGUUCUCUCGCAUCUGAAGAAAGGGAAUCGCUUGCAUGCACCCGAUAAUGCACCACCGUUUAUGGCAGCUUUAAUGGAAUCUUGUUGGGAAUGGGAUCCAUCAUUAAGGCCGACAGCUGAGAAAGCAAGAACUACCUUUUAUGAAUUUUUGGAGGCACAAGGAAUCGCUCAUGGAUACACGAUGGCAAUCGCGGAAAACGCACCCAGCUCAUCACAAAGCUCGAAUACACUUGCUCAAAUUCAUGAAGGUUCCCCGCCAAAUCAAGAUGAAAACCAUAAU